AAUUCGUCCCUUUGUCCGCCAUGGUUGAGCAGUAGCCUAUCCUAGCCUGGACAUUUAACAAUUGCCUCCGAUCCGAUCACCGGUGCUCUCUAAAUCACCGCGCUGCGCAACACACCUCGGCUUUAUCCAAGUAAACUUACUGUGCAGCCAAGGUUCCCAUCACGCGACUCCGACAUAAGCACCUUGCUCGAUUGCUAUACUAGUUAACCCGCGCGCCCGGGCGGCACACGACCUCGCCACCUUUACAUCAAGAUGAUUCCUACGAUUCCACGCCUGGAAGACUACGACGUUUCGCCACAGAAUGGCUUCUUGCCUUCGGAUUUACCAUUGGAAAUACUACCCGAUGCUUACUACCAGCCCUGGGAGACAGUCGCCCGCAGCUUCCAGAGCCUCAUUCUCGCAAAGCGCCUCCGCCAGAUAAUCGACGCACUGCCCGUCCUUUCGACCGAGUUCCUCCUCACCGAAGCAGAAUGGCGGAGAGCUUAUUCAAUCCUCGGGUUCAUGGCUCACGCCUAUGUCUGGGGCGGCGACCGGCCCGCCGAUAUCGUUCCGCCAUCCGUGUCGAUCCCGUUCCUGCAGACAUGCAAACACCUCGAACUACCACCCGUCGCUACCUAUGCCGGGGUGUGCUUAUGGAAUUGGCGAACACUCUUCGACGGAGAGCCUGUUGACUCGCUCGAAAACCUCGCGACGCACAUGACCUUCACAGGCUCGCUAGACGAAUCAUGGUUUUAUCUGGUGUCUGUCGCUAUCGAAGCUCGCGCUGGUCCAGUCAUCCCGAUGAUGAUUGAAGCUAUUGGUGCAGCGAGGCGAGGUGAAAGCAACAAGGUUGUAGAGUGCCUGCGCGCGUUCGCAGAGAGACUGGAUGAGAUUGGUAGCUUGCUCGAGAGGAUGUACGAGAGCUGUGAUCCUCAUGUUUUCUACCACCGCAUCCGCCCGUUCCUCGCAGGCGGUAAGAACAUGGCAGAUGCUGGGUUACCUAACGGAGUCAUGUUUGACGAUGGUACGGGAGAGCAGCCGUACGUCCAGUUUGCAGGUGGCAGCAAUGCUCAGAGCUCUGUCAUACAGUUCUUCGACAUCAUCCUCGGCGUCGAGCACCGCCAGACUGGCGAAAAGAAACCAGAUAGCUCGGCCCAAGCACCAUCAUCCCAGGCCCCUGCCCACGGAUUCCUCGUUGAAAUGCGGAAAUAUAUGCCGGGGCCUCAUCGUCGCUUUCUGGAGCAUGUUGAGCGCGUGGCCAACAUCCGCGAAUAUGUCACGAGCCGCAGACAUGAUCGCGCACUUGUGACAGCUUACGAUGCCUGCCUAGCAAUGCUGCGAGCACUCCGUGAUAAGCAUAUCCAAAUAGUAUCCCGCUACAUCAUCGUCAAGUCAAGAGAGUCAAGGUCCGACUCGCGAUCUCUAUCCCCGAAAGAAGCAUCUGCUCAGCGUCUGAACCUUGCAAACACAGUGCGACGAGGCAAUAGCAAGAAGCUUCGCGGAACUGGUGGCACAGCUUUGAUUCCUUUCUUGAAGCAGGCCCGUGACGAGACAGGAGAGCCUGCAAUCGAUGCAUGGGCUCGACGAUUGCUGAACAAUGGCCCUGGCGGUAUUGCCAUGCGAGAUGGUGUAGCCGUGCUGGGCAAGAUGAACGAGAACUUUACUGGAGAGGUUGAGGUCGUGGGAUUGGCUGGGAGCUGGAGUGUGGACGAUAGCGAGGGUGGUAUUUGCCACUGGUGAAUGCUCGACAGUGGAUUAUUCGUGGAUAUGAUAAUCUGCAUCUGACGCGGGACAUUAUUUGUAUAUUCAAGCGGACAUCUUCGCUCAAAAGGAGCUCUGGAGGACCUCACUCCCUUGUAUUAGAUACCCCACCAUUUCCCUGCAUUGUGGGAGGCUUGCGUGAUCGUACGCAUGCACAUAAAUUCCAUAUAUUGCAUCAUCGCGCAUAAUG